CAUAUAUAGAGUGUUAGAUAGGGCGCAGAGAUAUUAGAAAUUCGUAUUAAGUUUUAUCUGGUACUGUGUUCGCUCAUGUAACUCGUGCCUUUUCAUGUACGAGCAGCACCUUUAUUAAAGUCCUCUUUUUCCCCUUCUGCCGCUGUGUAUUAGUUAUUAACAAUUCUCUCUUCUCUCCCAACAUUCUCCAUUUCUAAUAAAAAUGUGGAACGCUACUGUUGAGCUUGAUUUCUUUGGCAUGGAGAAGGAUAAUUGUUCCAAGUCUCGAUUUCCUAAAUUCAAUCGCCAGAGAAGCUUUCGAGAUAUUCAGAGCGCCAUUUCAAAAAUCAAUCCUGAGCUUCUGAGGUCUGUGAUUGUUUCUGGUUCAGCUAAUCAGAAGAAUGCAGAAAAUGGAAAUCAGUUUGAUUCGAAGAUGUUUCCUGCUUUACCUGUUUUUUCUCCUUUGCCAAGGCCUACAUUGGAGACUCCUCCUCAAACUGCACCUUUGACUAUCUUCUAUAACGGAGCCGUUGCUGUUUUUGAUGUUCCUCGUGAUAAGGCGGAAACCAUCCUAAAACUUGCCGAGAAUGGAGUUUCAAAAUCUGCUGAAUCAACGAGUCAGAAACAUCUGCUAGACAAUCUUGAUGGAGAUCUGCCAAUUGCUCGGAGAAAGUCACUCCAGAGGUUUUUGGAGAAACGCAAAGAAAGGUUGACUUCAGCAUCACCUUAUGGCUGGCUACCUGAUUCUCAUUUAUAGACAAGAUUGAGAAUACCAUAAAAAAGAAAAUCAUUGUUCAGCAUAGGGGACUUAGAAGACUGUUUUCCUUCUUUAUGAAGCUGGGUAGCUUUUUCCCGUUUGACGGGUAACUUAAUAACAAUAUAUACUUUAGUAAAAGGAGUUUGGGUUAGUUGGGUCGUUGCCUUAUCAGCGUGACUUUGUGAGAGUGACGUUUUAGUAAUGGUGUUCUUUGGCAAUUGGCAGUUAGGCUUUAAAGAUAUUCGUUUGUAAUUUCUAAUUUGUAUGCUUCGUUGCAGUUUCCUAUGGUCAUCAUGUCCAUAAUUGAUGCCAUUGUUUUAGCUGCAACAUUUAAAUCACAUGUUUACUAACCUAUUCUUCCAACCUUACUUUCUUAUAAAUAUAUAUAUAUGUCUACUUUCUUUCUUUCUUUUUUUAA